GGGCCCCAGACUGGGAGCCUGGGACUGCGGUCACUAACCCUGGCCCUCCUGCCGCCGAUUGUCCCGCAGCUGCUGCCGCCAUGCCCGACUCGGCGCUGUGGGCGGUGGAUCUCUUCGGGAGGGUGUACACGCUCUCCACGGCUGGGCAGUACUGGGAGCUCUGCAAGGACACCCAGCUGGAGUUCAAGCGGGUCAGCGCGGCCACACAGUGCUGCUGGGGCAUCGCCUGCGACAACCAGGUCUACGUGUACGUUUGCGCCAGUGACGUCCCCAUCCGCCGCCAGGAGGUGGCCUACGAGAAUCAGCGCUGGAACCCCGUGGGUGGCUUCUGUGAGAAGCUCCUGCCGAGUGACCGCUGGCUGUGGAGUGACGUGAGUGGGCUCCAGCACCGGCCACUGGAUGGGGUGGCACUGCCCUCACUGCACUGGGAGUGGGAGUCGGACUGGUACGUGGAUGAGAAUUUUGGAGGGGAACCCACCGAGAAAGGGGGGUGGACUUAUGCCAUGGACUUCCCAGCCACCUACACGAGAGACAAGAAGUGGAAUUCUUGCGUGCGGCGGCGGAGGUGGAUCCGGUAUAGGAGAUACAAAUCCCGGGACUCCUGGGCCAAGAUCCCUUCAAAGGAUGACCCCAAGCAACUGCCUGACCCCUUCAAUGACCUCUCUGUGGGAGGGUGGGAGAUCACGGACGAGCCUGUGGGCCGCCUGUCCGUGUGGGCUGUGUCUCUGCAGGGAAAGGUGUGGUACAGAGAGGAUGUCAGCCACCCCAACCCUGAAGGCUCCUCGUGGUCCCUCAUGGACACCCCAGGGGAGGCAGUCCAGAUCAGCUGUGGGCCCCACGACCUCCUGUGGGUCACGCUCUGGGAAGGGCAGGCCUUGGUCCGGGAAGGAAUCAACAGGAACAAUCCCAAAGGAAGUUCCUGGUCCGUAGUGGAGCCUCCCACAUCUGAAAACGGGAUCAUGCACGUCGCAGUGGGAGUUGGCGUGGUCUGGGCCAUCACCAAGGACCGGAAAGUGUGGUUCCGCAGAGGCGUCAACUCUCACAAUCCCUGUGGCACCAGCUGGAUCGAGAUGGUUGGAGAAAUGAUGAUGGUGAACGUGGGGCUGAACGACCAGGUCUGGGGCAUCGGCUGUGAGGACCGGGCCGUGUACUUCCGUCAGGGCGUCACCCCGAGUGAGCUCAGUGGGAAGACGUGGAAGGCCAUCGUCGCCAGCCGAGAGUGUGACCGGUCGCACUCUGGCAGCUCGUUGAGUCUCCUCAGCGCUGGCUGCUUCUUUGGUGAUGAGGUGAGGGGCAGUGGCGAGUCCUGUGUGCCAAGUGACACGGAUGCUUCCUCGGACGCCGAGAGACCGGGGCCUGACCCGCCUGUCCCUGCAGAGUCUCUGGACUGUCCCAGGAACCCCAAGGACAGCUUCGCAUCCGGCCCAGGCACCAGCAGGACUGCAGAGCAUACUGUGGAGGUUGCCAGCCCGGCCACUCAGACCCCCAGGCCCGAGCCUCGCCCUGGCCCAGCCUCCACCCCAGCUGAGCUGCCCUGGACCAAUAUUGACUUGAAGGAGCCCAAGAAAGCGCCCAGCUACUCGGCUGCAGGCUUUCCUGAGACCACCGGCCUCUCCUCACUGGAGGUCCUCCCCCUAGGCUUGGAAGAGCCCUGCAGUGCCGACGACCGCCCCCUAUGGGCCUGGGUGUCAGGAGGAGGCUGUGCCGUGGAGGCCCACUCUAUGCUCAAGUGGUUCUCCGUGCAUUCGGGCCUGUCCGCCUCAGUGCAGAUGCUCUCCCUGUCCAUCACGCCGGCCCAGACCGCCGCCUGGAGGAAGCAGAUCUUCCAGCAGCUCACGGAAAGGACCAAGCGGGAGCUGGAGAACUUCCGACACUACGAGCAGGCCGUGGAGCAGUCGGUGUGGGUGAAGACGGGGACCCUGCAGUGGUGGUGCAACUGGAAGCCCCACAAGUGGCUGGACGUCCGCGUGGCGCUGGAGCAGUUCACGGGGCACGACGGGGCCCGGGACAGCAUCCUCUUCAUCUACUACGUGGUCCACGAGGAGAAGAAGUACAUCCACGUGUUCCUCAACGAGGUGACAGCGCUGGUCCCCGUGCUCAAUGAGGCCAAGCACUCCUUCGCCCUCUAUACCCCCGAGAGGACCCGGCAGAGGUGGCCUGUGCGUCUGGCUGCCGCCACUGAGCAGGACAUGAACGACUGGCUCGCCCUGCUCAGCUUGUCUUGCUGUGAGAGCCGGAAGGUCCACGGACGCCCCUCCCCACAGGCCAUCUGGUCCAUCACCUGCAAGGGAGACGUCUUCGUGAGUGAGCCCAGCCCCGACCUGGAGGACCCCGCACACCUGCUACCCUGCGACCAGAUGUUCUGGCGGCAAAUGGGAGGCCACCUGCGGGUGGUGGAGGCCAACAGCCGGGGCGUGGUGUGGGGCAUCGGCUACGACCACACGGCCUGGGUCUACACGGGCGGCUACGGCGGAGGCUGCUUCCAAGGCCUGGCCAGCAGCACCAGCAACAUCUACACACAGUCAGACGUGAAGUCCGUCUACAUCUACGAGAACCAGCGCUGGAACCCCGUCACAGGCUACAGCAGCAGGGGUCUCCCCACCGACCGGUACAUGUGGAGUGAUGCCACGGGGCUGCAGGAGUGCACCAAGGCCGGCACGAAGCCCCCGUCCCUGCAGUGGACCUGGGUUUCUGACUGGUCCGUGGACUUCAGCGUUCCUGGGGGCACUGACCAGGAAGGGUGGCAGUACGCCAGUGACUUCCCUGCCUCAUACCAUGGGUACAAAACCAUGAAGGAUUUUGUCAGGAGAAGGUGCUGGGCCAGAAAAUGCAAGCUGGUGACCAGCGGGCCCUGGCUGGAGGUGGCCCCCAUCGCCCUCGGGGACGUGUCCAUCAUCCCCGAGAGCCCGGGCGCCAGUGGGAAUGGGCACAGCAUUGCGCUCUGGGCCAUCAGUGACAAAGGGGACGUGCUCUGCCGCCUGGGUGUGUCCGAGCUCAACCCCGCGGGCUCCUCUUGGCUGCACGUGGGCACCGAUCAGCCCUUUGCCUCCAUCUCCAUUGGGGCCUGCUACCAGGUGUGGGCUGUGGCGAGGGACGGCUCCGCCUUCUACCGGGGCUCUGUGUCCCCCUCCCAGCCAGCUGGUGACUCUUGGUACCACAUCCCAUCCCCACCCAGACAGAGGCUGAAGCAGGUGUCCGUGGGGCAGACGUCCGUCUACGCCUUGGACACAAACGGGAACCUGUGGUAUCGCCAGGGGGUCACGCCCAGCUACCCGCAGGGCUCCAGCUGGGAGCACGUGUCCAACAACGUGCGCCACGUGUCCGUGGGGCCCCUGGACCAGGUCUGGGUUAUCGCCAACAAAGUCCAGGGGAGCCACAGCCUGAGCCGGGGAACCGUGUGUCACCGCACGGGCGUGCAGCCCCACGAGCCCAAGGGGCAGGGCUGGGACUACGGCAUCGGGGGGGGCUGGGAUCACAUCUCUGUCCGGGCCAAUGCCACCAGGGCCCCCAGGAGCGCAUCCCAGGAGACAGCCGGCGAGCGGAGCGGGGAGCAGGGUCUCCCCAGCAGGCCUGCACAGGUGGCGGGUUCCCUGCAGGGUCUCUCCCUCGGCCCCAUCUGCUGCUGAGGCUGCCUCUCCUCCCCUGGAAGCAGGAGUGGUGCCCGGUUUGAAGGAUCAGGGCUGAUACGUGAGGCUUCUCGUGCUGAAAUGUGGAUCCUCAAGACUCAAGAGGGAACCUGGCCUGAGGUCAUGGCCACCUUGGAGGCACUAGCUGAGAAAGCCCCGAAAUGUGAAGCUUUAUGGACGCCCCCGCACAUGUCCCUGGUCUGUGACAU